UACAGUAUUAAGAAGAGUGUUAGUGAGCGACAACACUUUAUUUUUCUGUGUGUCCUGUUAUAAAGUCGAAAGAAGGUCGAGAUUGAAAUUUUCACGAAUCGAGACUUCAGUAAUAAAUAAAUUUUGAAAUAUGUUUCGCCUUUUUGCGGUAAUGACAGUGCUCUUUAUGACGACAGACGACGCGCAAUUGCACAAGACUUUACCUCACAAUGUAAAUUCUAUUCAAGAAUCUUCGAAAAAAAAUAAACUUGGUACCAACGUGCACGAAAUUCUUUCGUUAAGUAAUAAUCUUCCUUCAGUACGUUUGACCAAUUUUAAAAACGUGUAUUACUAUGGCUCUAUUAAAAUUGGAACUCCACAGCAAGAAUUUAAAGUGAUAUUUGACACUGAUUCCGCAGAUUUUUGGCUGUUCUCUAAAAAAUGCACAAUCUCUGUUUGUUCAAAACAUAAUCAAUAUGAUAGUACAAGAUCCAAAACAUACAAUGAUAUAAGAAAUAGUAAAAAUCCUUAUUAUACAGAUUUUUAUUCAUCAUAUAAAUAUUUCUAUGUAAAAGGAAGCGUAGCUAUUGAUACAGUGAAUAUUGCCAAUUUCAAUGCAACGAAUCAAAGAUUUUUAGAAGCGGUAAAUGUAUCAAUCAAGAAUGUAUUGUCUGAACCAACAUUUGAUGGUACCUUUGGCCUGAAUUCUUUAAAUAUAUAUGGUAAUGGAGUAACGCUUCUCUUUGACAACAUGAUUGAACAAGGUCUAGUGUUAUCACGCAUUUUCAGUUUUUAUCUAAAUAGAGACACUUCAGCUGAUUUAGGUGGCAAAUUGAUAUUCGGUGGUUCCGAUCCUGCUUAUUACGAAGGAAAUUUUACAUAUGUUCCUGUUGCUCGCAAACAAUACUGGCAAUUUACCAUUAAUGGUAUCCAAAUGAAUGAUUUUACUUUGUGCGAGGAAAGCUGCAUAGCUAUCAUUGAUACAAGUGCUUGGCAAAUAACUGGACCACAAUCAGAUAUUUCAAAUAUUUAUGAUUUUACUGAAACUAAUCCACAAGGAAUAGUGAACUGCGAUCGAAUUUUUCAAUUGCCUACAAUCAGGUUUAUUUUGGGUGGUAAAUCAUUUGAUCUUGACGGUAAAGAUUAUAUCAUUCGGCAUCCAGAUAAUGAAAGUAUAUGUAUAACCAUCUUCUACAAACAAGACAUAGUUGAAAAUAAAAAAUGGGUUCUGGGUAUUCCAUUUAUUGGACGUUACUACACCGAGUUUGAUAUGGAGAAGGACCGAGUAGGAUUUGCUUUGGCGAAACAUUAAUCGAAACAUAUAGAAAAUAUUUCUUUGUCACCAUUUAUUGAUAGUAACUACACCGAGUUUGACAUAGAGAAAGACCGAGUGGGAUUUGCUUUGGCGAAAAAUUCAUCCAAACAUAUAGAAAAUAUUUCUUUGUCACCUUUUAUUGUAUACUUCAUCAUCAAAUUUUUAAAUUAUUGGUUUAGUUUUCGAUAGAAAAAAAACUGUAUGUUUUUUAUUCGCCAAAACACAAGCUACAAGGUUAGCAUAUUAUCAAUGUAAAUUUUUGCGUAAUAUGUACUUAAUUGUGCUUUAAUUUUCAACAGGAAUCCUUUAUCGUAAAAGCAGCUGAAAUAAGCUUAUUCCUAAUUAGAAGCGAAUUUUUGCGCGGUGUCAUUUGCUAAAUUCAUUGUUGCAUGACUAUCUAGUCGAUAUAAUCAGUCUAUCUUUAUAUAUAUUAUAUAUAUUAUCAGCAAGAUAUAGUCAGUCUCUAUCAGUCUAUCUAUUCUUUCGAAACGCUGAUGUUUCCUUCAUUGUGAUUCUUAAUCAUUCACACAUUUAUUAAUUUAUUUUAAUAGAAUUUGUUUUAGUUAUAAAACAAAAUAUUAAAUAAAAUAUUUUUAAAUUUGAUUAAUCGAUAGGACGCGUCGAUAACACGGAUAUGUUUCGAAUGCGCGCGAUUGUAUAUAUAACAGCUGCUAAAUGUCGAUAAAUGAUAACUCUAAUAGUACAAUUCGAGUACAAUUUAUUUUUGUAUGUCCUGUUGCAACGUACGGAAAGAAAUUUGACAGAAAUUUCGAAAACAUAUUCCGCUUUCUCGUGGUGAUUGUAAUGUUGAUCGACACAGAUAUUUAAACCUAAAUUCAUACAUUAUAUUAUAUGUAUACGUUAUAUAUUGAUAUAAUAAAUAUUAAUUUUAUAAAAAUCGAUCUACUUCGUCGUGAUCACAUUCGACUUUCUGAAAUCCAAAACCUAUGUAAAUGUGAUUGUGUUAAUAAAACACCGUUAAAUUCUAAGUAGAAGGCUAUUCGUGCAGUGCGAUAAAUGCAUGAGCAAUAAAA